AUGCAACAUAUUGAAUUGUAUGGGAUGAAGCUGGUGGUGUGGCCCAAUGGGAUGCUCCCCGAGCCCACAAUCAGAGUUGAGCCAUGCUCUGUUGUUCCCAAAGGGACACAGGUGACCAUCUCAUGUGAGGGGACAACAGGGGCCACAGAAUACUGUCUCUAUAAAGAUGAGAAACAAUAUCCCUUGAGGCAAAACACCCCAGUGCACACUGGGAACAAGGCCCAUUUCCUCAUCCCAUCCAUUGAACUGCACCAUGCAGGGCGAUAUCAGUGUCACUACCACUCCCCCGAUGGCUGGUCUGAGCACAGUGAUUUCCUGGAGCUGGUGGUGACAGGAAUCUACAACAGUAAACCAUGGCUUUCAGCUCAGCCCAGCCCUGUGGCAUCCCCAGGAGAGAAACUGAUGCUGCAUUGUGUCUCACAAGAAGGAUAUGACAGGUUCAUUCUGACUGAAGAAGGAGAACAGAAUCACUUGAGGUCCCUGGACUCACAGCAUGUAUCCAUUAGAAAAUUCCAGGCUCUGUUCCCUGUGGGUCCUGUGACACCCAGCAGCAACAGAACCUUCAGAUGUUAUGGUUCUUACAAAAGAUACCCACAGGUGUGGUCAGAACCCAGUGACCCCCUGGAAAUACACAUCCCAGGCAACAGCAACCUAUCCACAGGGCCCAUCCUAACAGCUGGACUGGGAAGUUACCAGAUGAUUCUGAUCGGGGUCUCAGUGUUCUUCCUGCUCUUCCUCCUCAUCUUCCUUCUCCUCCGAUGGAGAUGUCAGCACAAAUGCAGGAAAGAUGAUGCUUCUCUGAAGAUCCCACAGCCAAAGGGCAGCGUGGAGCCAGACAGUCUGAACCCACCUGAUGAAGACCCCGUGAAGGAGAUGUAUGCACAAGUGAAACCCUCCAGGCUCAGGAGGGCAGGGGCCACCUCUCCUCCUUCAACCUUCUCAAGGGAAUUUCUGAGCUCAAAGAACAGGGAGUCAGAAGACAGAGAGAGGGACAGUGAG